ACUGCUGGUCGUCCUUGUCGUCUUCGUCGUGGUCGUCGUCGUCGUCGUCGCUGCUGCUGCUGCUGCUGCUGCUCGACGAGAGAGAGAGAGAGAGAGCGAGAAGCACAUUCUGCUCGUUUCUGCACAGUCCAGUGCUCUGACUCCGAAAGGAUAUAUUGCUCGUGAGACGAUCGCUGCGAUUAUUAUAACUGCAUCAGCAGCAGUGGUGCAUAGCUGAGAAGGAAGGUGACGGGAAGGGGGAGGCCAGGGGAGGGAUUCCAGGGAAGUGCAAAGAGAAGGUAGCGAGAGAGAGUGAAGAAAAGAGCGAGCGCUGCGAGCGAUCGCGAUUGUUGAGUGCAGACGAAGAAGAAGAAGAAGGGGAGGAAGAAGGUGGAGGAGGAAGGAUGAAGUAUGUCAUUGUGACUGGGGGGGUGGUGAGUGGGCUUGGGAAGGGAGUGACGGCGAGCAGCAUUGGCGUCGUCCUCAAAGGAUGCGGUCUGCGGGUCACUUCUAUCAAAAUAGACCCUUACCUCAACACAGAUGCCGGGACCAUGUCUCCAUUCGAGCACGGAGAAGUGUUCGUCCUCGAUGACGGUGGCGAGGUUGACCUGGAUCUGGGAAAUUACGAAAGAUUCCUCGACAUUACUUUGACCAAAGACAACAACCUUACUACCGGCAAAAUUUACCAGUCUGUUAUCGAUAAGGAGCGAAAAGGUGACUACCUGGGGAAAACUGUUCAGGUGGUGCCGCAUAUCACCAAUGCGAUACAAGAUUGGAUUGAGCGUGUAGCUAAAAUUCCAGUGGAUGGCCGAGAAGGGGAGCCUGAUGUGUGUGUCAUUGAACUCGGAGGCACUGUCGGUGAUAUUGAGUCUAUGCCAUUCUUCGAAGCCUUGAGCCAGUUUCAUGAUCGAGUCGGUGCGGAAAACUUUUGUCUCGUUCAUGUGAGCUUAGUGCCCGUUCUUGGGGUGGUAGGUGAACAGAAGUCUAAACCGACCCAGCACAGCGUGCGCGAAUUGCGAGCUUUGGGAUUAACUCCUUCUCUCUUGGCCUGUCGCAGUGCCAAGCCUCUGGAGCAAUCGACCAAGGACAAGAUUUCACAGUUCUGCCACGUUUCGGCCGCGCACAUCCUCAACAUAUACGACGUUCCCAACAUAUGGCAUAUUCCUCCGCUGCUAAGGGAUCAAAAUGCGCAUUUGGCUAUAUUGAAGAAGUUCAAUCUUUUCAGCCCCAGCAAAAUACCUCAUCCCGAGCUUGGCGAAUGGGAAAAAAUGGCUGACGGCUGCGAUAAACUAACCGUUCCGGUCGCGAUCGCAAUGGUCGGAAAGUACACUGGGCUUUCGGACUCUUACCUUUCUGUCAUCAAGGCCCUACUACAUGCGGCUAACGCAUGUUCAAGAAAACUUGCACUCACUUGGGUAGCUGCGACAGAUCUAGAAGAUAGCGCCAAGGAGGAAAAUCCAGCUGCACACGCAAAGGCAUGGGAAGACCUUAAGAGUGCGGAUGGGGUUCUCGUCCCUGGGGGUUUUGGUGACCGUGGAGUCCAAGGAAAGAUUUUGGCCGCAAAGUACGCUCGUGAAAACAAAGUGCCUUAUCUUGGAAUAUGUCUGGGUCUCCAGAUUGCUGUCAUUGAGUUUGCACGCUCGGUUCUGGGUUUGAAAGACGCCAACAGCACCGAAUUUGAUGAAGCUACAUCUAAUCCUUGUGUUGUCUUCAUGCCCGAGGUAAAUAAACAUAUCAAGGGUGGGACAAUGAGGCUGGGUGCGCGUCGAACGUUUCUGCAAACCACGGAUUGUAUAUCUGCAAAACUUUAUCAGCAGGAAUUGUACAUUGAUGAACGGCACAGACAUCGAUAUGAGGUGAAUCCUGAGAUGGUCGACAAGCUUGAAGCUGCCGGUCUGAAAUUUGUGGGGAAAGAUGAAACAGGCAGGCGAAUGGAGAUCAUGGAGCUGCCGGGACACCCUUUUUACGUCGGUGUACAGUAUCAUCCCGAAUUCAAGUCACGGCCUGUCAAGCCGUCAGCAGUAUUUUUAGGUUUGGUCAUGGCUGCUUCUGGUCAGAUGGAGACCUACCUGAAGGGCGAUGGAGGUGUUUUGCGUACACCGUAUGAGCUUUCGACGAAGAAAGCUUUGCCAAAAGCGGUGUAUCAAAAUGGACAUGCGAAUGGUGUCGUAGAACCUGUAAAAGCCAAUGGCACCUGCAAUGGUGUGCAUUCAGUAAAUCUCUCCAACGGAGUAUCAAGAUGACAUGGAUAUUUGGAGGACAAUUUUGAUGAAAGAUCGUUCCUACAGCUGCGCUGUCAUUGGAGGAAAAUAUUUCCCACCAAACAGCAACUAAUUUUUUUUUGCACAAUGAGUGUAGGCAGAUUAGUGUCCUCAACUCGGUUGUAAGCCAAAGGCUGCCGUUGAGCUUCCAAUUGCCCUGACUUGUAGAGACUAUCCCACUGGUUCAUCUGCUUUUCAAGUGAAGAGCCUUGCCCAGUGUGUGAGCACAGGGUAAGCUCAAAAACCGCAGUUGGGACUCGCGAGACCCUUUAAAUGUAGAGCUUAGUCCAUCAUGCUGAUUAGCAGGUUGUUUAGGAGAAGAAUGAUCUGAUUUUUUGAAAUUUGUUACGAGUUACACGUUAGCACUACAAUCAGCUUGCUUCUUGGGCCGGGAAUGGGACUGCAGUGCAUAAGUACCGAGUUUGCAUACGGGUCUUGCAAGAAUCUCCAUGUCUAAUCGUCCAUUUCUGAUGGAUGUAGCCUUCUGAAGGCCCCUACAAUGGGACCUGGGUCAUCAGGACUAGGAUUGCUGGUGGGCAUAUCUGCCUUAAUCUUUCCCAGGUCUGAUAUAUGAACCGUUCGACGUGAAGUCGUAUAUCUGCAGAUAUACGUAACCAUGUUAGCCACUUCUUUAGAAGCAGCUCUCUCAAGCUGCGUACACAUCAGUUAGAGCCUCUCUGAAUACUACCCUGCGGGUAUUUCAUGUGCAUCUGGAAUCAGGAUAGGAAAAGGUGCUAGCUACUUGCUGUUGUAUGUCUCUGCUCUGUACACCCUUUCUGAUUAUUGAAUAAUACAAUUUUGGAUUUUGAUUCG